CAACAACAACACAUCGAUGGAUCUUCCAGAAUUGAAGCCGUCACUACCUUUUCGGCUCCGGCUGUCACUUGUACAUACUUUGGUCCUAUAUCCAAGUUGAGAUACCGCAAGAUUUUAGUUUCUCACACCUACUCAAAUGCGAUUUUUAAUCUCCCUAUAACCCACCUACCUGACCACCCAAGACGCACUCUCUGUGCGUAACCUACGGUACCCUCCUAGAUCGCAGUCAUGGCCGACAACGUGACACCUCUCGCCUCACUGUCCCUGACCCAUGUAUACUACAACCCAGACGACCCCAUCUCCCUCCUCUGCGCCUGGCUCGCUCUCGUCCCGCAAGCGCUCUGUGUCGUCUACGCGACCUUGAUCUGGUCCACCCGCGAAGCCGAAGUGAUCCUCAUGUUCGCCGGCCAGCUCGCCUGCGAGGCCGCCAACUUUGCGCUCAAGCGCCUGAUCAAAGAGGAACGACCGGCCAGGAUACAUUCGACGGGAGGAAAGGGCUACGGGAUGCCCAGCAGCCAUGCGCAGUUUGUGUCAUUUUGGGCAGUGGCGUUGGGACUGUUUUUGUUGGCGAGGCAUACACCGAGGGAGCAGCAACAACAGCAACAACAAAAGCAGAAGCAGAGGGAAAGGAAGAAGCAGGUUACGAACGUGAAGACUACUACUACAAAUGGAAGCGGGAAUGGGUCGCUGUUCAAGACCCUAACCGACAGCGCCACCGACCUCGAGCGCUAUGCCCACGAGCCCUGGUCCUUCGCCCACCGCUUCGUCGCCAGCCUGGGGGCGCUGGUGCUCGCGGGCGCUGUGGCGUGGAGCCGCACCUACCUGGGGUAUCACACGGAGAAGCAGGUGCUGGUGGGCUGCGGGGCGGGAACGCUAUGCGCGGUUGCAUGGUUUGUCGUCACGCACGUGGUGCGGCAGUCGGGCUUGCUGGGGCAGAUCUUGGAUUUCCCCGUUGUCAGGUGGUUUCGGGUCAGGGACCUGGUUGUUGAGGAGGAUCUGCCGCAGGCUGGGUGGGAGAAAUGGGAGGAGCAGAGGGUCGCUAGGAGGGAGGUGGAGGAGAGGAAGAAGGCAUUGUGACGGGUGGAGGUUGUUUCCAUGGGUGCCCAUGUUAGACAAGAGGUGGGAGUUUGGAUGUGCAUAUAGGCCUUAGAGAGGGAGGAUAUACCUACCAGGCGAAUUUAUUUAUGCUUCGCUGACCAAGGAAAAACCUCGUAGCUGGUAGGGCUGAGUUAAUAAUGCUUAUCAAACUUUACAGUCCUUUCACCCUCGGCAUUUGGAGAGGCUCCAUGCAAAUGACAUGUGGGAAC